CCAAGCUUUUUUGUUCAAGAGAAUCAAGUAAAUUAAAAGCUCCCCUUUUUCCUUUUCGAUCCUCAAGAAUCUGUAAUUACAAAAAAAAAAAAACCCAUUAUUCCAUUUUCCCUCUCUAUAUAAUUCUUGCUGUGUUCUUCUUCUUCACAUCCCACCGCGAAGGAAAAAAAUCAACCCAUUUUUUUAUUAAGUCCUUGGGUUGUUUCUUCUUUUCUUCUGGCAAAUGGCUCCCAGCUUGAGAAAUGGCGGCCGCAACGACGCCGUUUCGUUUGAUGGCUUCAACGACAUGUUGUCUCCGUUCUCGCUCGACGGGUCGGAUCUCACCGUGAACGGCCAUUUGAUCCUCUCCGACGUGCCGGAGAAUAUCGUCGCCACUUCUUCUCCAUACACUUCCAUCGAUAAGUCUCCAGUUUCCGUCGGAUGCUUUGUUGGAUUCGACGCGUCGGAGCCCGACAGCCGACAUGUCGUUUCCGUAGGGAAACUGAAGGAAAUCCGGUUCAUGAGUAUUUUCCGGUUCAAGGUGUGGUGGACCACCCAUUGGGUUGGCCGGAACGGCGGCGACCUGGAAUCGGAGACCCAGAUUGUGAUUCUUGAGAAGUCGGAUUCCGGGCGGCCGUACGUUCUGCUUCUCCCUCUCGUCGAGGGGUCGUUCCGGUCGUCGAUUCAGCCCGGCGACGACGAUUUCGUUGACGUGUGCGUCGAGAGCGGCUCCACGAAAGUCGCCGAAGCGUCGUUUCGGAGCGUGCUGUACCUCCACGCCGGCGAUGAUCCGUUUGCACUGGUGAAGGAGGCGAUGAAGAUCGUGAGGACCCAUCUCGGAACUUUCCGGCUACUGGAGGAGAAGACGCCGCCAGGCAUCGUGGACAAAUUUGGUUGGUGCACGUGGGAUGCAUUUUACCUCACAGUUCACCCGCAGGGGAUCAUAGAGGGCGUGAAGCAUCUGGUGGACGGCGGUUGCCCCCCCGGUUUGGUUCUAAUCGACGACGGCUGGCAGUCCAUCGGCCACGAUGCGGACCCAAUCACCAAAGAAGGAAUGAACCAAACCGUCGCCGGCGAGCAAAUGCCCUGCCGGCUCUUGAAAUUCCAAGAGAACUACAAGUUCCGGGACUACGUGAACCCCAAGAAGUCCGGCGCCGGCGCCGGCGCCGGCAACAAGGGGAUGAAGGCGUUCAUUGACGAGCUGAAGGGGGAGUUUGAGACGGUGGAAUAUGUGUACGUGUGGCACGCUCUGUGCGGGUACUGGGGAGGGCUACGGCCGCACGUGCCGGGCUUGCCGGAGGCACGUGUGAUCAAGCCGCUCCUCUCGCCGGGCCUGCAGAAGACCAUGGAGGAUCUCGCCGUCGAUAAGAUCGUUUACCACGGCGUCGGGAUGGUCCCGCCGGAGUUGGUUGAUGAGAUGUAUGAAGGCCUGCACGCCCAUUUGCAGGCCGUCGGAAUUGACGGUGUUAAGGUCGACGUUAUCCACUUAUUAGAGAUGUUAUGUGAAGACUAUGGUGGAAGAGUCGAUCUAGCGAAGGCGUAUUUCAAAGCAAUGACGAAGUCAGUAAGAAAGCAUUUCAAUGGAAAUGGAGUUAUUGCUAGUAUGGAACACUGCAAUGACUUCAUGUUCCUUGGCACAGAAACAAUCUCUCUUGGUCGUGUUGGUGACGACUUUUGGUGCACUGAUCCAUCUGGAGAUCCAAACGGUACAUUUUGGCUGCAGGGAUGCCACAUGGUGCACUGCGCAUACAACAGUCUGUGGAUGGGCAACUUCAUCCAUCCUGAUUGGGAUAUGUUCCAGUCCACUCACCCUUGCGCCGCCUUCCAUGCUGCCUCUCGCGCCAUCUCCGGUGGUCCUAUCUAUGUCAGUGACUCUGUCGGAAAACACAACUUCGAACUCCUUAAAACUUUGGUGCUUCCAGAUGGCUCGAUCCUUCGAUGUCAGUAUUAUGCCCUCCCGACUCGUGACUGCCUCUUCGAAGAUCCCCUGCAUGACGGUAAAACCAUGCUCAAGAUAUGGAAUAUCAACAAGUUCACUGGAGUUAUUGGAGCAUUCAACUGUCAAGGAGGAGGAUGGUCACGCGAGAUACGACGCAACCAAUGCUUCUCUCAAUACUCAAAGCGAGUUACCUCCAAAACCAAUGUAAAAGACAUUGAGUGGAAUAGUGGCGAAAAUCCUAUCUCCAUUGAAGGUGUGAAGACCUUCGCAUUCUACCACUACCAAUCUAAGAAGCUCACCCUCUCCAGGCCCUCACAAAACAUCGACAUCGCCCUCGAUCCGUUUGACUUUGAGCUCAUCACCGUCUCGCCAGUCACCACACUCAUUGAAACCUCUGUUCAGUUCGCCCCAAUUGGCCUUGUUAACAUGCUCAACACAGGUGGUGCAAUACAGUCUGUUGAUUAUGAUGACGACCUAAGUUCUGUUGAAAUCAGCGUUAAAGGCACAGGUGAGAUGCGGGUGUUUGCGUCAGACAAACCGAGGGUCUGUCGUAUUGACGGUGAGGAUGUCGGGUUCAAGUAUCAAGAUCAAAUGGUGGUGGUCCAAGUGCCAUGGCCAGGAUCUUCUGGCAUUUCCGCUAUCGAGUACUUAUUUUAAUUUAUGUAAAGUUUGAUUAUUAUUAUUAUUAUUAUUAAUAUAUUUCUCUCCAAAAGGAAAAUGCAUGUAAUUUGGAGAGUAAGCGAGUGGAUUUUCUAAUAAGAGUACUACUUUUUUAUGAUUUAUUAAUCUAAUGUUUUCUGA